CUCUCUAUCUUAAACCCUAAAAACCUCGUCUUCCUCUUCAGAGUUGCAGCAUUUCACAGCAUUCAUCAAUGGAGGAAGCAAGAGUGAAGAGCUACCCUGUGAAACCGAAGCUCAAAACCAAACCCAGAACUCCAUCCCAAACCCUCGAAUCAAACUUCUGGUCCUCCUUCAAAACCACCCAAAUCAACAACCUCAUCUCCGUCCCUUCCCUCACCUUCUCCCCCACUCACCCUCACUCCUUCGCCGCCGCACACGUCACCUCUCUCUCCAUCUUCAACCCUCAAACCCUCACCCUCACCGCCACCAUCUCCUCCUUCAAAGACACCGUCUCCUCCGCUUCAUUCCGAUCUGAUUCCCGCCUCAUCGCCGCCUCUGACCUCUCCGGCCUCGUCCAGGUCUUCGAUGUCAACUCCCGCACCGCUCUCCGCCGCCUCCGCGCUCACACCCGCCCUGUCCGGUUUGUCCACUUCCCCGUCCACGACAAGCUCCACCUAAUCUCCGCCGGUGAUGACUCCCUCGUGAAGUACUGGGAUUACGCCGAACAGAAGCCGGUCCUGGAGUUUCGCGGCCAUAAGGACUAUGUCCGCUGCGGUGAUUCCUCUCCUGUGAAUGGGGACACGUUUCUCACUGGUUCCUAUGAUCACCUUGUUAAGCUAUGGGAUGUUAGGGUUAGGGAUUCGAAUUCGACGGCGGCAAUGCAGGUUAACCAUGGUGCCCCUGUGGAGGAUGUGAUUUUCCUGCCGUCCGGUGGGAUGUUUGCGACGGCGGGUGGGAACUCGGUGAAGCUUUGGGAUAUGAUUGGGGGAGGGAAGCUUGUUGGGUCGAUGGAGAGCCACAAUAAGACGGUGACUUCGAUUUGUGUCGGUCGGAUUGGGAAGGGUUCGGGUGAGGAGGAAUCGAAUAAAUUUAGGAUUAUGAGUGUGGGUUUGGAUGGGUACUUGAAGGUGUUUGAUUAUGCCUCUAUGAAGGUUACAUUUUCAAUGAGGUUCCCUGCACCGCUUUUGUCGGUUGCUUACUCGCCGGAUUGCUCUACGAGGGUGAUUGGGACCUCGAAUGGGAUAAUCUAUGCUGGAAAGAGGAAGAUGAAGGAGGAAAAGGAAGGGGAAAAUGAGGAGAGUGAGUCCAGCUUGUUUUGGAGAAUUAGGCCUGUGGAGCAUGUCGAGAAGCAGGUGUUGAAGCCUUCGAAUUUCAGGUACUUUCACAGAGGGCAAGGAGAUAAACCUCGUGAGGGUGAUUACUUGGUUAUGAGGCCCAAGAAGGUGAAGCUGGCUCAACAUGAUAAGCUUUUGAAGAAGUUUAGGCAUGGGGAGGCUCUGGUGUCUGUGUUGGAAAGUAAGAACCCUGGGAAUGUGGUGGCUGUCAUGGAGGAGUUGGUGGCUAGGAGGAAGUUGCUGAGGUGUGUCUCGGACUUGGAUUCGGAGAAGCUGGAAAUGCUUUUGGUGUUCUUGCAUAGGUAUUGUACCGAGCCGAGAUAUUCAAGUUUGCUGAUGGGAUUGACCAAGAAGGUUCUUGAAAUGAGGGCUGAUGAUAUUAGGGCUUCUCAAGCCCUCAGAGGUCAUAUCAGGAAUCUCAAGCGCUCUGUUGAGGAGGAGAUUCGGGUUCAACAGUCAUUACAGGAGAUACAGGGUAUAAUUUCUCCUUUGUUGAGGAUAGCUGGAAGAAGAUGAAAUUUUGGCUUUCUCUCCUCAUCUAGGAGGUGUUUUUGUUCUCAUAUUGUGCUAUUUUAUAGAAUGUCUUCUUUGUUUUUGUGAUUUCAGGAUAUUUCAGUUUAUUUGAGAAUUUUUGUGUACCUUUAAAGUGCCGGAAAAUAUUUAAGUUGUUGCCUUUUUUUGAGGAA